AUGGCCCACUUCAAUCCAUUCGAGGAUCCCCAGCGAAACCGCGCCCAGUAUAACCCAUCCCCUGUGCCGACCUCAUCGCUAUACCCUGCUCAGCCGCAACCUCGAUACCCGCCUCAGCCUGCUGCCUACCCUUCUUACCAGCUGCGCGACAACGGAGAUGUGGGAUACGGCCCUGGACGACGCUCCCCGGCGUGGGUAGCAGGUGAAGAGGAGGAUGAGGAACUCAAGCCUCUGACUGCUGUUGGCGCAAACUCCUCCUCUACAUUCCUGAACAGCGACCCAUACCUCAGCGGCGGCCCUGAGCUACCCAUCGCUCGGCCCAACUCCGCUCGACCUUCGUUUCACAGCGUCGCGUCCGAGUUUAUCAGGCGUCAGACGGCGCCCAAGCGAGGAGCGACUAUAAAGAAGGUCAAGCUGACAAAUGGCCAUUACAUCAGGAGUUAUCCCGUCCCCGGUCCUAUCUCGAGUGCUGUUGAAGCCAAAUGGCUUGGUGACAAAUCUUCCAACGAGUUUACGCAUAUGCGAUACACGGCUGCCACUUGCGAUCCCGACGACUUUACGCCCGAGAACGGAUGGAAGCUCAAGACCGCGGGUUACAAUCGAGAGACAGAGCUGCUUAUUGCCAUCACAAACAAUGAAGACAAGAUUCUCUAUGCCCGCACUCUGCACAACGUUAUGCUCAACAUUCGCGAUAUCUGCAACACCAACGCUUCCAAAUUUUGGAAACGCUCCGCCGAAGAUGGUCAACCCGGAUGGCAGAAGAUUGUGGUGGCGCUCGUCGCUGAUGGACUGGGUCCAAUGGACAAGCAGGUCUUGGAUGUUCUGCAGACUAUCGGGGUGUUCCAGGAUGGUGUCUUGAAAAAGGAAGUGGAUGGAAAGAAGACUGUUGCACAUAUCUUUGAGUACACUACCCAGCUUUCGAUCGAUGCCACGCCUCAGCUUAUGCUUCCUCAUCCCGGUGAUGAAAAAAAUCUUGUACCGGUGCAAAUCAUCUUUGUUCUGAAGCAGGACAACGCCAAGAAGAUCAACUCGCACCGAUGGCUGUUCAACGCUAUCGGGAAGCAACUCAACCCCGAAAUCUGCGUUCUUCUCGACGCGGGAACCAAACCUGGACACAAAGCCAUAUAUCACCUGUGGGAAGCAUUCUACAACAAUCCCAAUCUUGGCGGAGCUUGUGGCGAAAUUCACGCGAUGAUCAAAAAAGGGGUCAAAUUGUUCAACCCCCUCGUGGCUGCUCAGAAUUUUGAGUACAAGAUGUCCAACAUUCUUGACAAGCCACUAGAAUCAAGUUUAGGGUAUGUUUCAGUCUUGCCCGGAGCUUUUAGUGCGUACAGAUAUCGGGCUAUCCAAGGUCGUCCAUUGGGCCAGUAUUUCCAUGGUGAUGCCACUUUGGCUGGUAGGCUUGGAAAGAAGGGUGUCGAGGGUAUGAGCAUCUUUACCAAAAACAUGUUCUUGGCCGAAGAUCGUAUCCUAUGCUUCGAACUCGUCGCCAAAGCACACGAGAAAUGGGUUCUCCAAUACGUCAAGCCGAGCAAGGCUGAGACCGACGUGCCUGAGCAAGCCGCAGAGCUUAUCAGUCAACGUCGACGAUGGCUCAAUGGUUCUUUUGCGGCCUCUGUUUAUUCGGUCGCUCAUUUCUUCCGGCUCUAUCGAAGUAGCCACAAUCCGAUCCGGAUGUUCUUCUUUCAUUUACAGGCUUUGGUGCGUUCAUUGGCAAUCGAUCUGGUCUUUUCUUGGUUUGCUCUCGCCAACCUAUGGCUCACAUUCUCUAUCGUCAUCCAACUGCUUCCUCAAAGCUCCCACAUAUAUUUAUUUGGUACUGAAGAGGUCACACACUGGGUCAAUUUGGUCUUUCAGUGGAUUUACAUGGCAUUCUUGAUUUUGCAAUUCAUCUUGGCUCUUGGAAACAGGCCAAAGGGAGAAAAAGGGCUGUAUAUACUGACUUUCUGCGUAUACGCCUUCCUUUCUCUCUAUCUAAUCGUUUGCUCAGUCAUCCUAUCUGUAAAGGCCUUUCAGGGUGCAUUAGGGCUGGAUAGCGGUAUAGAAGACAAACUGAAGAGCCUCUUCAAUUCUACAAACGGUGUGAUGGUAGCCGCGCUCAUGUCUACUAUCGGUGUCUACCUGAUCGCCUCCUUCCUCUACCGAGACCCAUGGCACAUGUUCAGCUCCUUCCCUCAGUACAUGCUCUUGGCCCCGUCCUUCACUAACGUCUUAAAUGUCUAUGCGUUCUCCAAUUUACACGACAUAAGCUGGGGGACUAAGGGCUCGGACAAGGCAGAGGCGCUGCCCGCUGUGUCGUCGAUGAAGAAGGAUGGCGAGGCACCUGUGGUCGAAGAUACCCAACGGAGCCAAGAAGAGCUGGACGAGUCGUUCAAGGAAGUCGUACAGAGGGCGGUCAAGCCUUUCAAGGUAGAUGAAGAGGUCGAGAAGCCCAGUGCAGAUGACGAAAACCGAACCUUCCGAACCCGACUCGUUGGUAUCUGGCUUCUGUCUAACGCGGCCUUGGCCAUCUCCAUUCAGACUUUAAACGGAAUCGACAAUACCCAAACUUCGAAUGCUUUGAAGCUGGACAAUGCAGAACUGCAGGACAAGCAGCAGAUCUACUUUAGGAUCUUGCUUUGGGUCACCUUUGGGCUGUCCAUGGUGCGAUUCAUCGGGUGUGUGUGGUACUGGCUUGUGAGACAACUGGGCAGAUGCUGCAGGAAGAACUAG